AUGUCUGCCAACUUCUGCCUGGUCCUGUCCAUCUCCUUCCUCAUCCUGUCUCCUCAGGUCUUCUCGCCGGCCUCAGCCACUGUGGAAGCCAACGUCUGUGCUUGGGACGGUGCAAUGCCCAUCCUGUACCACGAGUACGGCACUGAUGUGUGCCCGCCAAAGUUCAAGAUGGCACCGAAUGGCAUGGAUUGUGAAGACAACCCCAACGGCGGUUGCGCCAGCUACUGUGAGAUGCGGACCAAUUUUUUCUAUGGACAGGAGAAACCCUAUUCCUCGAUGCCCAUGUGCACUGGUGGACUGACAUGCACCUUGACCGAAUCCAAACACAUCGGCUACAACGUCAAGGCCAAGGUGAACGGCAACUUCAAGCAAGGAGCUUUGACAUUCGGCAUCACUGGUGGCUGGAAUACCAAGACUGGUCAGAGUCAGAGCUACAAGUACUCCAAGAGCCUCGAGCAUAACGAAUGUGGAUAUUUCACCUUCAUCCCAAUUCUGCACGAGUCAUGUGGAACUUACUCGGAAGGUUCACUUAUUGAUGGGAAGUGUCAUCAUACUCAAUCAAUUGGCAAUUCCUGCGGCACCCAAGCGGUCACGGUCGAGGAUCAUUGGUACUGGUUCACGCGUGUCGUCCGUGGUGUCGCCGUGUUUGUCUAUCUCGACUGCACUACUCUUGAGCCGCUGCCAAACGACCGUCAAGAAGCGCCGUUCAACCAGGAUGGUGUUCGCUUGCCUCGCGGCCUCCCCCUGGCGAAUGCUUUCAAGACCAUGUGGAACGUGUCGCGGGAGACUAAUGUGACGGCUCUGUCGGAUGCUGCUGUCUGCGACAACGACAUCCGUACCUACGCAGACGACUGUCUCGCCGCCUUCACUGACGUGUCCGAUCGUGGUGGUGACAUGGUUCCUACGGCCAAUGCAUUGAAGGGUCAAAGUCUCACACUAAGCAAAUCGGGGACCUGUGCCAUGCACCUCAGCUUCGACGAGGAUUGGAAGGUUCCUGUCUUUUGUGAGGUGUCCCUGCUAGAAGUCGCGGCCGCGGCCGAGUCGAUUUACGAGCUCUGCACUAGCAGCAACGAUGGCACAGUCGGAGGGAGUCACGUUGUCAGAAUCCCUGGUAAUUGCGGAUCCACGAUUAAGUUCCUGCCAGUUUCGGGGUGA